AUGCUCGACUCGGCGGUCGUUAACGCUAUCCUGGAGAUCCUCAAGGCUAUCAACGACAAGGCUGGAGUCGUAGAGCAAAAGGAUGUUACACGCGCAAGCGCCCUAGUCGCACGUCAAUACAGUCUGCCACAGGCACCCUCUGUUGCGGACAUUGCGUCCUCUCUUCCAGCAGCUCAGAAGCUAGAGUUAUCUAGCUAUCUUGUGCGAAAGCCUAUCAGGUCCGCCUCGGGAGUUCAAGUAAUUGCAGUUAUGUGUAAGCCCCAUCGCUGCCCGCACCAGGUCCGUACAGGUGCAUCGUGCACAUACUGUGGCGGCGGGCCAGAUUCCGAUUUUGCCUACUCGACUCAAUCAUACACCGGCUUUGAGCCGACUUCGAUGAGAGCUAUUCGGGCGAGGUAUGAUCCCACGGAGCAGGUUCGAGUCCGGAUGGAGCAGCUUAGGCAGCUUGGUCACACCACGAACAAGAUAGAAGUUGUCCUCAUGGGAGGAACAUUUCUUUCGACGCCACGCUCUUAUCGCGACUCGUUCAUAUCUGGCAUCUACACAGGGCUGACGGGGCAUAUCCCAGCGGGUCCCAAGCGAAACAUAGUCCCAGAAUCAAUUUCCUAUGCUGCUCGCUCGUCUAUUAAGUGUGUUGCACUGACCAUUGAAACACGUCCAGACUAUUGCGAGCCGCGGCAUCUAGCUGACAUGCUGCGGUACGGAACGACACGUCUUGAGAUUGGUGUUCAGUCUGUCUACGAUGAUGUCUGUGGAGACAUCAACCGUGGUCAUACAGUGCGGAGCGUAAUUCGCUGCUUUGGACAGAGUAAGGACGCCGGAUUCAAAAUGAUUGCACACAUGAUGCCCAAUCUUCCUUUUACAAGUACCUUUAGAGACAUCUUUGGAUUCCAGGAGCUGUUUCAGUCAACAAACUACCGUCCUGACGGUCUGAAGAUCUAUCCCACGCUGAUAAUACGUGGCACAGAGCUCUAUGAGCGCUGGCGUUUGAACAAGUACCUGCGUAACUUACCGACGCACAAGCUCAUUUAUUUAUUAACCAUCAUCUAUGUUUUAGCGCCCCCAUGGGUAAGGAUCUAUCGAAUAAUGCGAGAUAUACCUCUGCCACUUAUCUCUGCUGGCGUGGACUCGUCGAACUUACGCGAGCUUGCUCUGGCGUCCCUAGCACGCUCUGAAACACAGUCACUGGAAAUCAGACAACGGGAGUCAGGAAUUGUCGAAGCGGCUUCCAAUGAAAUGACUAAGAAGUCUCUAUACACACAGGACGGAGGAAACGCCCGUGAGUCUUCUACUGAUAUUACCCCAGAGAUCUGUAGGAGAGACUACUGGGCAAACGGAGGUUGGGAGACCUUUCUCAGCAUUGAGGCGCCAAUAGACUUGGACACCACUCCUACCUCAAAGGCUCGAACGUCUCCGCCUGUCCUCUACGCCCUGUGCAGAUUGAGAAGACUUCCGCGAGGUGGCGGAGGGCGUUUUCUGGGCAUUCGUCCAGAGCUACAGGGGAAGACGUCUCUGAUCCGAGAGGUGCAUGUAUAUGGUAAUGCAGUGGGCUUGAGUGAGCGAGGAGUCAGUGUCCAACACAGAGGCUAUGGGCGUAUACUCGUCAGGGAGGCGGAGCGCAUAGCCAGAAAUGAGCACAAAAGCGUCAAACUUGCCAUCAUAGCGGGCGUUGGAACUAGGGAAUACUACUCUAAAUUGGGCUACGCCCUUGAUGGCCCAUAUAUGUCACGGACACUCUAG